CUAAGAUGGCGUCAGAUGGCGGUCAUUUGAAGGUUUAUGUAUAAUUAUAUGGAUCCAGCAUCUACUAAGAAAAAAUUCUGAAGAUAUCAGAAACCAAGCUUGGGCUACCUGUGCUUUCCCCUCCAGGCAGUCACAUGUGGUCAGCAGCUUCUAGAACCAAAAACAAUAUGGCGGACAAUAUUGAAGCUCCAGAUGGCCUGAAGUUAGUAAAACAUGUUAUCCUUGUCUUGUCUGGUAAAGGAGGAGUUGGCAAGAGUACAGUUGCAACUCAACUAUCUUGGGCUUUGUACAACAAAGGAUAUAAGGUUGGUUUGUUGGAUGUUGAUCUUUGCGGUCCAAGUAUUCCAAGAAUGAUGAAUGUUGAGAAUCAUGAUGUACAUCAGUGUUCAGAUGGUUGGGUCCCUGUAUAUACAAGUCCAGAUCAACGUCUUGGGGUCAUGUCUAUAGGUUUUCUUCUACAAGAUAAAAAUGAUGCUAUUGUUUGGAGAGGUCCGAAGAAAAAUGCAAUGAUAAAGCAGUUUCUUUCUGAUGUUUGCUGGGGAGAGCUGGAUUAUCUUAUAAUAGACACACCUCCUGGGUAUGGCGAUAACAGAUGUUCGUAGAGAAGUCACAUUUUGUCAUAAAACCAAGAUUCCCGUGUUAGGAAUCAUUGAAAAUAUGAGCGGAUUUGCUUGUCCUCAUUGUAGUGAAUGUACUAAUGUAUUUUCAAAAGGAGGUGGAGAAGGACUGGCUAAAGAGUGUAAAGUCCCCUUUUUAGGCUGUAUUCCACUUGACCCGAACCUCACCCAGAAUAUCGAAGCGGGAAAAAGUUUUACAAAUUUAAUGGGAAGUUCCCCAACAGUCGAAGCUUUGAAUUCUAUUAUAACUGUAAUGUUUGACAAAAUAAAUGUACGAAAUUGAAUUAGAAUAUUUUAACUAUU